CUCGUUUCUCCUGUCCCUCCUGAAUCACCGAGCCGACCGCCCACCACCGAGCAGACGCCGCCGCCGCCAUCGCGCGUCCGUCGAGACCUACCGCUCUCCAUUCGUGCGCCGGUGAAGUCUGGUGCAUUCGGUUCAAGUGUUAAUUGGUAGUCUGCUGGAGGCAAAGCAAGAAAGUUUGUUGACAUUAGGCAAUGGAUGCGGAUGAUACAGUGGAGAGCUUAGAUUAUGGAUUAAAUGACGAGGACGAGGAAGGGAGCACUGGAACUAGAAGAAUGUUGAAAUCUAAGAGUAAAGCAAGGGAGCACAAGGAGCAACUACAGAGACUUGAGGAAAAGGAUCCAGAAUUCUUUCAAUUUUUGAAGGAGCAUGAUCAAGAGCUUCUAGAUUUUGAUGAGGAGGACAUUGAGGAAAGUGCUGAUUCAGACAUCGAAGGUGGAGAAACAGUGGUGGAUGAUGAAAUUGCUCGUGGCAAUCUAAAUUUUGAGGAGAAACCUUCUAAAAACAUUGUCACUGCUGAAAUGGUUGAUUCCUGGUGUAAAUCAAUCAAAGAAAGUGGGAAAGUGGGAGCUAUUCGUUCUCUAAUGAGAGCUUUCAGGUGGGCAAGCCACUAUGGUGAUGAUGAGGGGGGUGAUUCUUCUGCAAGGCUCGGAACCAUGUCUAGCAGUGUAUUUAACAAAAUCAUGAUCUUUGUGCUGACUGAAAUGGAUGGAAUACUCCGGAAAUUGUUGAAACUUCCAGCUUCUGGUGGUAAGAAAGAGACAAUAAAAGACCUGAUGGGCACAAGACAGUGGAAGAAUUACAAUCACAUGGUUAAGUCUUACCUUGGCAAUGCGCUGCACAUUCUGAACCAGAUGACUGACACGGAAAUGAUAUCGUUUACUCUAAGGCGUCUCAAAUGUUCCACCCUACUGUUGGCAGCUCUUCCAAGCCUCUUAAGGAGGUACAUUAAGGUUGCUCUUCACUUCUGGGGUACAGGGGGAGGUGCAUUACCUGUCGUCUCCUUCCUUUUCUUAAGAGAUCUAUGUGUUCGGAUCGGUUCUGAUUGUUUGGAUGAAUGCUAUAAAGGGGUAUACAAAGCCUAUGUUCUAAAUUGCCAGUUUGUAAAUGCCACUAAACUUCAGCGUAUACAAUUUCUUGGAAACUGUGUCAUCGAACUUCUUGGGGUAGAUCUUGCAACUGCAUAUCAACAUGCCUUCAUUUUUAUUAGGCAACUAGGAAUGAUUUUGCGAGAGGCGCUUGCCAUGAAGACUAAGGAAGCAUUUCGAAAGGUUUAUGAAUGGAAAUUUAUAAACUGCCUUGAGCUAUGGACUGGAGCUGUCUGUGCUUACAGUUCAGAAGCUGAUUUUCAGCCUCUUGCUUACCCACUGACCCAAAUAAUAUUGGGAGUUGCUCGUCUAGUUCCAACUGCUCGCUAUUUUCCUCUUAGAUUAAGAUGUGUCAGAAUGCUUAACCGAAUUGCGGCUGCGACUGCUACUUUCAUACCUGUGUCAAUGCUUCUAUUGGACAUGCUGGAAAUGAAAGAGCUGAAUAGGGCUGCCACAGGAGGUGUUGGCAAAGCUGUUGACUUGCGUACCAUUUUAAAGGUAAGCAAACCCACCUUAAAAACUAGAGCAUUCCAGGAAGCUUGUGUCUACGCUGUGAUUGAAGAACUUGCUGAACACUUGGCACAAUGGAGUUAUUCUAUUGCUUUUUUUGAGCUGUCUUUUAUACCAUCAGUGCGAUUGCGAGGCUUUUGCAAGUCUACAAAAGUUGAAAGGUUCCGGAAAGAAAUGAGGCAGCUUAUUCGCCAGAUUGAUGCCAAUUCAGAUUUUACAAAUCAGAGGCGCACUUCGACCUCUUUUCUUCCCAAUGAUCCUGCAGCAUCAUCAUUUUUUGAGGAUGAGAAAAAAUCAGGGGCUAGUCCUUUGUCCCAGCAUGUUGCAACACUGCGCCAACGGGCCCAGCAACGUAGUGACGCCUUGAUGCAAUCCAGCGUUCUUGUUGGAGAGAAGUCCUCUGUCUUUGGGGAGCAAAUGUCUGACAGUGAUGGGGAGGACGAUGCCAUAAAUGAGCAAGGUGCUGCGGCCUUUAGUUCCUCUUGGCUUCCUGGAAGUGAUUCCAAGGUCAAGCCUCCUAAGGUGGAGAAGGAUGGCAAGAAAAAGAAAAAGAAGAAAAAGAAGAGAAACAUUGAGCAGCUUGAAGGACUAGCUUCAGACGAAGACAUUGUGGAGGACUUGGUUCUUAGUUCCGAUGAAGAUGAAGAGAUGAGGGACUCUCCUUUUAGCGAGAAGAAUGGCGACGGUGACAAGGAAUUGCCUGCAAAGCAGAACACCAAGAAGCGGAAAGCGUCGAUGAAAAGGUUGAAGAAGAAUGCUGAAUCUCAAGGAAAGAACUCAAAGAAGCGGAAGAAGGCAACCUGACAAGAGAUACGAGAUGCGUCAUUUUACUGGCUCAUGAGAAAAUUUUGUGAUGAGAUACUCAGGUCUUAUUUAUUUAGCGUUGGCUUCGACAUUUCCUUACCUACACUAGUUCCUAUGAUAGUAGUGUCACUGCGUGGGGGGUCGACAUUGUGA